AUGUUAUCCUCCUCCAUCCGACGUGCUGUCCGCACCACCUCGUCCACUGUUCCCUUCCCCAACGUCCUUCUGCCCACCACCGCGAACGUCGCUGGAGUCAAAAGCGGCCUUUUGCUGGGAGAGCACAACCGGCGAGCGCAACACCAACGCCGGUAUUCGUCUUCUUCAAAGCCACCAGUGCCUCCAAACGAUGGUUCGCGUCCAAUCGAUACUUCUUCUUCUUCUUCCCAAGCUCCCGCCAAAAAUGGUGUGAGCAACAAAUCUGCGGCACAGAAGCGUGAGGGUGGCAAGAAUAGUAACAAAGAACAUGGCCGAAAAGCCCCUUCAAAAUCAAGACGAGCCUAUUCCACUUUCUUGAAUUUGCCCAGUGUGCCUUCAACUCAAGACAUGCCCAUGCAAGAUGUACAUCUUGCCUCGUUCUUCUCAUUCCAUCGGCCCAUAUCCGUCAGCAAUUCAAUUCCUCCGACAACAAAUGAUGACGCUUUCAAUGCUAUCUUCGAAUCGAAAUCCAUGUCUAAAAAGGGACGAACCGACGUGAUCAAUACAUUAGCUUCGGCGGUGCAGUCCAUGGAGCAUGCCUACCACGGCCAGGAUGACUUGCGGCAUGCGGUGACGCAUGCAUCGGUCAGCAAUGCAGACCCAAGGAUCAUACACCUUGACGACGUCUCUGAAGAGGAGCUCCACACCUCCAUUGCCGAGUUCGCCCGACGCCUCACCCCCUUCAACCCCCCAGCGGCACCCAAACCAUACAACGCAGAAGAAAUAGCCGCCGCGGAGGAGGGUCCUGUUGAUGUUGUCGCUGAAGAAAAUCCAAACGUUCGAACGUAUUCCACCGUCCUCACCAUCCGCGAAACAGCCUACGCAGAUGGUCAACGGACCUUCCAGACGUACGUUGCACCAUUAGUCCCGGAGGAACAACACGGAGAUAUAGAAGCACCAAGCGCCAACGAAACGGCACUCGACGAACCAAACAGACCAAACUCAUCCUAUAUCGAGCGCACCGUUAACAAUACCAUGUACGCCAUCUCCGUUCGACGACAACGGAAAUUGAAGAUGAAGAAGCACAAAUUCAAGAAAUUGCUACGAAAGACGCGAACCCUUCGUCGAAAGCUUGACAAAGCUUAA